CCUGCCGCUGUCCGGACCUCCCCCCGCACGCCCCGGUCCCGCCACCCGCCCCCGCUCCGGCCCUCUCUCCCGUCUCCCGCCCCUCCGAAACCACAGAUCAUCUUCGGAUUCUUCUCCAGAAGCUUCAAGUAGGGAUAUGUCCUCAGCAGCAACUACUCCUCCAUCAGUGGAUAAAGUAGACGGAUUUUCUCGGAAGUCCGUCAGAAAAGCCAGACAGAAGAGGUUGCAAAGUUCCUCACAGUUUAGGUCUCAAGGCAAGCCUAUUGAGUUAAUACCUCUGCCGCUGCUAAAGGUGUCUUGCAAUAUAUUCAGAACUCUCCCUCCUAGUGACAGCAAUGAAUUUGAUCCAGAAGAAGAUGAACCUACCCUUGAGGCAUCGUGGCCACACUUACAGCUUGUAUAUGAGUUUUUCAUACGAUUUUUGGAAAGCCAAGAAUUCCAACCCAGCAUUGCCAAAAAAUACAUAGAUCAGAAAUUUGUAUUACAGCUUUUGGAGCUGUUUGACAGCGAAGGCCCUCGGGAACGGGACUACUUAAAAACAGUCUUACACAGAAUUUAUGGCAAGUUUCUUGGUCUUAGAGCAUUUAUCCGAAAACAGAUUAACAAUAUUUUUCUAAGGUUUGUUUAUGAAACAGAACACUUCAAUGGUGUAGCUGAACUGCUGGAAAUAUUAGGAAGUAUUAUCAAUGGCUUUGCUUUACCUCUUAAGGCAGAACACAAACAGUUUCUGGUGAAAGUGUUGAUCCCUUUACACAGUGUCAGGAGCUUAUCACUAUUCCAUGCCCAGCUGGCAUAUUGCAUAGUACAGUUUCUGGAGAAAGAUCCUUCACUCACAGAACCAGUUAUUAGGGGAUUAAUGAAAUUUUGGCCCAAAACGUGUAGUCAAAAAGAGGUCAUGUUCCUUGGGGAGCUGGAAGAAAUAUUGGAUGUGAUUGAACCUUCACAAUUUGUUAAAAUCCAAGAACCUUUGUUUAAACAAAUUGCCAAGUGUGUCUCUAGCCCCCAUUUUCAGGUGGCGGAAAGGGCACUCUAUUACUGGAAUAAUGAAUACAUCAUGAGUUUGAUAGAAGAAAACCCUAAUGUCAUCCUUCCCAUCAUGUUUUCCAGUCUUUAUAGGAUUUCAAAAGAAUAUUGGAAUCCGGCUAUCGUGGCAUUAGUGUACAAUGUGUUGAAGGCGUUUAUGGAAAUGAACAGCAGCAUGUUUGAUGAGCUGACAGCCACAUUCAAGUCAGGUCGUCAGCGUGAGAAAAAGAAAGAAAAGGAGAGUGAAGAAUUGUGGAAAAAACUGGAGGAUCUGGAGUUAAAGAGAGGUCUUAGACGUGAUGGGAUAAUUCCAACUUAG